GGGACUACUAGAUCGUGAAACAUUUGUUUCAAUUUUCUCAUGGGCUUUAUCGAUGAUGAAUUACAAGAAGUGUCAAAACUUUGUCAAAAUGACGUCAAUGGUAGUCGUCUCGUUUCUUGCGUCCGCACCAUGGUGCGAGUGGAAAUAACAAAAACAAAGUUCAAGACGAUUAUUGUGUGCAUUCAAUUCUCUGAAGACUAUCCCCAUACCCCAUUAUUAAUUGAAUUGAAAAGCAAAACAUUAUCUGUAAAAUUACUUGAUGGAUUAACAGAAGUCUGUGAGAAGGAAUGCAAGAAAUUAUUAGGAAAAGCACAGGUGUUACCCCUAUUAAAAUUUAUCCGUAAUUUUAUUGAUGAAAAUCCCUUAGUUUGCUGCUAUGAUGAAAUCACAGCCAUAAAAAAAAUUUUGGAGAAUGACGAUGAAUUAAAAUUGAAACAGAAAUAUUCUUGCAUUGGUCUGAAAGUUCAACGUGGAUUAUAUUAUUUCAAAGCUAAAAUUGAAGUACCGGAUAAUUAUCCAGUUGCUUGUGUAAAAUUGGAAGAUGCAGAUACCAAUUUUCCUCCCCUAUUUACCCGUCAUUUCCUUGGUCAAGGAAGAGAAAUAGCUAGGCAGUGUGUGGAACCGCCCCUCAAGAAGCAAACACAAGCUCCUUUCCAACCCUCACCAUCCCUGAAAGUUGUCACUUCCUUUCUCAUAAAAGCUGUAAAAACUUUGCCGCAAGAACACUGUCAGUUAUGCAGGCAACUAUGUCUGCCACCCAGUCCAGAAAAUGCAGAAACCAACGAGACUGCAGAUAUGCAUAUAGAAAGACUCUACUGUGGACAUUUGUUUCACUUGCAGUGUCUUGUGAGAUACAUGAAGACUCCUCCAUUCCAUGGGGGUAAAAAAUGUCCAACUUGUGGAAAACGUAUUUAUCAUGAAAAAUGGGGAUUAAGCGAAAAGCUUGCAGAGGAUCGUUGGGCGCAUCAGCAGGCCCGGUCAAGAGAGCUAGCAGAGGUAGAAGAUUUCUUCAAUUGAAAUCCAUCUUUGAUUUGAAUCAUAUCUCGAUAAGUGGUGCAUUUUUAUGAAAUAUGCGUUACUCAGGAAAUAUUACUAGAACCAGUUAGAGAAAAAAGGGAGGGGGACAAA